GCCGCUUGCAAGUGCCGGCCGGCGCAGAGCUAUGCGUCUUCUGCGACUACGACCUGAUGGCUGCGGGAUGCUUGACGGCUGCCGGCCGUCGUUCCAUCCUGGUUAAGCUCCGGGCCAUGGCUGAUCCGAAUCUCCAGAGCAUUGCCCAGGACCUGAUCCCUCUUGAGUUCCGCGACCACUUUGAGCACGGCAUGCGCCAGAAGAAGUUCUGCAGCCGGUUUGAAGGUGAGGCCUGCGUCUUCGCUCUGGCCAGGUCCGGCGGCCCGGCGCAGACCCAGAAGCGCCAGGCUGGCUGCUGCCUCUUCUGCAACCCCGACGCAAUUGGCGCCAAGGUGGACGCGCCUGGCGGUCUCAAGCAAAUCGCAACUGCGUUGCGGAAGAUGUGUGAGGCAGCAAGGGAGAAGGCCCUGGCGGAGCGCCUCCCUGAGGAUGUUCGCGCCCAGAUCCGGGAGCUACUUGCGCCCAAGCCGUCUCGGCGGCGCCGGCUCGGCGUCCCGCCGCCGCCCGAAGAGCUUCGGAGCCGCUGGGCGCCCCUCCUGGCCAAGCGGCAGAGCACCAAGCCGCCCGCCAGCGCCGCGGAGAAGAAGGCCCACCGCGAGCGGGCGCUAGCUGACAGGGCUCGUGGGCGCAAGCACGCCGGUCGUGCAAAAGAGCGUGCUGUCCGGGAUGCCCCGGUGGACAUCGCGCCCCCGGUUCCGCUGGCCAAGCGCUCCGCUCGAGCCAUUGGGCUGGAGCGCUGGGCGCUGCACUACGCCUGGGCGCAGUGCGCCGAGUGCGGCCUUAUGCUGCCAAAGGACCUGACGCAGAAGUCGCUGCUCCACGACCAGCCGGCCACGGUGUUGCCGUCGCAGUGCUUCCGCUGCCGCGGUGCUAGGGAUCUUCCCGCGCCCAGGCCGGAGGCCAAGGCUGCCCGCAAGUUCCUGCGCUCCAACGCCGACUCCGCCUACGGCGAGUUUGCGAUCGAGCACGAGCAGUUCCUGGCAGAGAACCCGGACGCGGACCAGACUGAUGAGGCGGAGGAGGAGGGCGCGGACGACGACCUGGUCCGACACAGUGUGAAGCGGCUCUACAACGCUCUGGCUUUGAGCAGCUUGCUCGGCUACACCGAGCACUAUGAGAUCUUGCAAUUCGUCUACGAUCUGCACUUGUGGUCGGACUUGGGGGCCAAGCGGUCGCUGGGGACGGGGGUGCCGAUGAGGCUCAUGAUGGCCGGCUCGUCGUUCAGCCCAAUUUAUUGGAAGCGGGUCCACAACGGCUUGACCGACCUUGUCCGGCAGGUUGGCUUCCCGAAGUUUUUCUUCACCUUGGCUCCGUCGGAGUGGACACUGCCGUAUCACGGCUUUGUCCUCGACGGCAUGUCAAAGCUCCUGCGAGCACGGCUGCGGCUGCCGGUGGAAGAAACCCUCCACAUCGUCCACGUCCUUCUGCAAACCGGCAAGGGUCUGCUGCUGGGCGACACAGGCAGCCGCAAGGAUUGGAAGGACCACGUGUUUGCAGUCCGGGACGAGACGGGCCAAGGCCGCAAGCUCCACGGGUUUGUCCGGAUUGAGUUCCAAGAUGGAACGCGCCGGGUCGAGACGCAGAGCUACCAUGGGUCCGGCCGACCGCAUCUCCACCUCCUCGUCUUCGGCGACGAUGACCUCGUUCGCUCCCUGGACGUGUCGAGCUUUGCCAGCGCCUCGAUGCCGGAGGACGAGGACAUGGCGGGGUACGUCCGCGGCUCGCAGUUGGACCAGAAGCAAGACAGCGGCCGCCGGGUCUUUGUGGAGGAGACCCGCUACGACGAGGAGGCCCGUGCCUGGCGUCUGCGGCACCUGCCGGCCGAUCAUACCCUUGGCUUGCGAGGCUACCUGCCGGACGUGAUGGAUGCGUUGAAGUGUCAUCAGGACCUCCUUAUCGGGGAGGACCGGACGGGGCUGCUGCGGCAGUAUGUCGCCAAGUACCUUGCAAAGUUCUCCGACUCGGCCUCCCAAGACUGGCUCAACGACGAGGCGGACGCCGUGAGCAUUGCCGCCACUGUCCUGAACCGCUAUCACCCCAUGGAGCCCGAAAUGGUCCUGCAGCUUUUUGGGGCGAAGCUGCGCCAGUGGCACUUUACGACUGUGGGCGGGGGCAAGCGCGACUUCCUUGUGCCGCUGCCGGAUGCGGCCGACCUGCCCGAGCACCACCCUGUGAGACUCUACGAGAACUCGGCCUGGGCCCGCGGCAAGAUCAGCCUCCUCGACUUCUUGCGCAAGACGAACGCUGAUGGGCAAAUCUGCGCCUGGCUGAAGAAGCGCCACGCCGAACUGGGCGAGCCGGAGGAGUGUGUGGAGGCCUUUGCAAGGAGGUAUCAGCCGCAGGGCGAGAAGGUCGUGGCGGCCGAGAUGCUCUCAAGGCUUAGCGACCGCCACUACGGCCAGCGCCUCGUGCUCUUCAAGCCGUUCCGGCGGCUGAGCGAUUUUGUCAACGAGGCCCAGCUUGCCAAGGUUCCGCAGCAGCACCGCUACCUGGCCAUGGCUCUGCUCAACGGCGAGCUCCGGGACGAGAGGCGAAUCGACGAAGAUUUGAAGGUUGAGGGCCACAGCCGCGCCACGUCCCAGAGUGUGAAGGGCAUGAUCGCGGCGAACAAGGGCCUGAUCGAGGACUACCUGGCCGGCCGCGCGCCGGAAGAGGCCGGCCCGCCGCAGCGGCCGCCUGGCCGUGCGGCCGUCAUCCACAACAGCCAGCAACGGCAGUUCAAACGUUUGCUGGACGCAGCCGUGGCCAGGUCUCUGGACGGCCGCAGUGCGGAUGAGGCGGCAGCGGAGGAAGCCGCAGCCCGGGCCCGCGCGGAGGCAAAGGCAUUGGCCUGCAUGGGGCCGCCGGGCACGGGCAAGACUACCGUCUGCCACGAAAAGAUCGAGGAGCUGCUGGCGACCAACAGCAAGGUCCUCUUUGCCCUGCCGACCGCCCAGCUGGCAAGUCGUAUGAAGGAGCGCUACGGCCGGCGCGAGGGGCUGGCCAUCGACACGUGCCACGCGGCCAUUGGCUUCAACGAGAACCUUGCGGGCUACCUGCCCAUCUUGGUUGCUUACGACCUUAUCGUGGUGGACGAGGUCUCGCAGCUCUCCGCGCAGCAGGGCGACCACAUCCUCAAACUCUGGGACGCGGCCGACCGCCUCCCCGCUCUGGUCUUCUUGGGCGACAAGUGGCAGAUGGGCGGCUACGGCGACAGGCGCCCCUGGGAACGCCGCGCUUGGCAGCAGCGCGUCUGGAAGACGGACUUUUACAAGAGCUACCGCUGCCAAGACCCAGAAUUUGAGAAGCUGCUGCAGAAGCUGCGGACGGCCAAGCCAGACGCGGCCACGCUGAAGAGCCUGCAGAAGCGAAAGGCCAACCCAGCUUGCCGCGGCGCGCCGGCGGGA